AUGCCUGCGCCAUCCAGCGCUCCCAUUGCUCCAGUAGCUCUUUUCAAGAAGCGAGGCGCAAAGAACAAGGCAAACAUCCGGAAACGUCCAGCAACGCCUCCGCCCGCCAACGACAGUGACGACUCAGACUACACAUCUUCCGAGGACGAGUCGGGGCAUCGAGUAAAACGGAGGAAGAAGAACACCGUCGUAACCGCAUCCUCGAAGAACAACACCACAUCACAAUACGAAUCGGCUACCGUCUUCACCGCAGACCGCAGUGUGCCCAUUACAAGCACAAAUGACGCCACCAAGACGAGCAACUGGUACGACGAGGAUACGAAUCUGUUGGGAAAGACACGGCCUCUUCCAAGACAAGACACACAAGACGCACCGGCUCAACCCGACGGGACAUACAAAGGGCUGGCGAACCGCACCACGUUUAUCCAGAAGAACCCGAAUGCUCCGAAUCGGAGCGUCGGUCCGGUUAAGGCGCCUACCAAUAUUCGGACAGUAACGACGACCGACUUCGCGCCAGACGUCUGCAAAGACUACAAGAAGACGGGGUUUUGUGGCUUCGGCGACAAUUGCAAGUACCUGCACGCCCGCGAGGAUUAUGCACAUGGCUGGCAGCUCGACGAGCAAUGGGACAGCGCAAUCAAGGGAAAGAAAAAUAUCGGCGGCACAGUGAUGGCAAGCGCAAACCGGGGUGUGGGAUCAGGAGACAAGAAAGAAGACGAGGAUGCGACCAUGCUGGAGAAGAUACCUUUCAAGUGCAUCAUCUGUGAAAACGACUACAGGAGUCCCAUCAAGACAAAAUGCGGGCACUACUUCUGCGAGCCGUGUGCGUUGCAAAGAUAUAGGGCUGACCCGAGUUGCAAGGCAUGUGGUGCCGCAACUGGUGGUGUGUUCAAUAACGCGAAAACACUGAGCAAGCUGUUGGAGAGGAAAAAGGAGCGAGAGGACCGGUUGAAACAAGAGGCUGAGAACGGCGAUGAGGAAUGA